AUGCCAAUCCGGAAUCCGGGUAGACUGGGUUGUGAGAAUUGUCGGACUCGACGGAUCAAGUGCAACGAGCUUCGACCGCGAUGCUCUCAAUGUGCGCGAGCUGGCCUGACAUGUUCCGGUUAUCGCAACCCCGUAGACCUUAUCUUCCAGGAUCAGACGGCGUGCAUAACACAGAAGUAUCACACAGCAGAGAGCAAAGUCAUCCACCAAGCCCGUCAUUCCCAAUCCAGUCGUCCUAGCUCCCCUACUGGCAUAAUACCUCGACUGCCAGUAGACGAGAUUGCAUGGUGGGUUUACUUCGAGAAUUUUAACAUUAUGCGCCCAUCCGGCGCACCAAUUCAUCGCCCAUAUCCCAGCCAGUCAUCUCCCGUUUUUCCCGCUGUGGCCUCAGUUGGUCUGGCAGCGUUAGCAGUGGUCCAUAGCGAUCCCCAUCUGAUGCAGCUUGCGAGGCAGAAAUAUUCGUCGGCUCUCAGGAUUCUUGUAUGUGCUAUUAAUGAUCCCGACGAGCUGCGCCAAACGAGAACCGCAAUCACCAGCUUUAACUUGUCCAUGUUUGAAAUGAUUGUCUAUGAUAACUUCCAUCCCCCUUCUCACGGCUGGUUACGCCACAUGCAUGGCACAACCGCCUUGUUACGCUCCCUGGAAUUAACAGAGGGCACACCGACGGUGGAGAUAAGAGCGCUUCUGCAGAUUGCCUACACAGCGGACUGCGGAAACAUGAAAAGCAGAGAGCUCAUAUUACCCCUAACAGACCUCUUCACCAUUCUAUGCAAACUGGUGAACCUCCACCGCGCAACGUGCUUCACAAACGACACAGCCCAGAAUCACCAGUUCAUCAACACCGCCUUGAAUAUGUACCAAGAUCUAGAAUCCUGGCUCACCAGUGUUCCCGUAUGGUGGGUGGACCCCAUUCGAACUGGCCAAGCACCCCGUAUUGAUGACGAAUGCUGGAUCAUGCGGGUGUGGGUUUACUAUCGGCUGUGUCAGAUUUUAGCGCAUAAGGCGAUACUGGAUAACAUGGACAUUCUAUACUCCAGUGGAGAUAGUUCACAGCAGCGUCAGUAUGAGGAGUCCCUGGCCGUGAUUUCGCAGGCCUCGCAGGAAUUGUAUAUUGGUGUUCCAGCCUUGUUAGGAGCUUCACAUAUUGCCAAUCAGUCCACCCCUGGACUGACAUCGAAUGUGUUUUUCCUUAUCACUGUUUUGCAAACCAUGUGCAGUUUAACCCCGAAGGAAAAGGUGGUUGAAAAUUGGUCGCAGAGUGCCAGGGCAUAUGGGAAAGAUUUUGAGGUAAUUCAGAAUCUGAUUCUGAGUCGUCUUAAUUAG